AAACCCGGCCCUGAGGGGAGGCGUGGGCACGGCCCGGGCGGGGGCGCUGCGAGGCCGCCGGCGCCAUGCCCGGCGCCGUGGUGGAGUACAAGGCCUGGAAGGAGGGGCGCGGCUGCGGCUACUGCGGCUCGGAGCGGGGCAAGGUGUCGGCGGGUAUGUGGGCACAUUCGAUGACAGUUCAAGAUUACCAGGAUCUCAUAGACAGAGGAUGGCGAAGGAGUGGAAAAUAUGUCUACAAACCUAUCAUGAAUCAAACGUGUUGUCCUCAAUACACAAUAAGGUGCCAGGCAUUGCAUUUUCAGGCCUCCAAAUCUCACAAGAAGGUUCUGAAGAAAAUGUUGAAAUUUCUUUCCAAAGGAGAUGUUUCGAAAGUAGCGAGCGAAGAGGAGCCGAUGGAUUCCCACAUAGAGGAUGCGGUCGCCUGUGAUUUUCCAUACAAAAGUGAGUCUCAGGUCAGUCAGUCUGAACUGACUCCCUUGGGUGUGGAUCACACUGAGAGCGUGCAGAAUGAAGAGAAGGACUCAGGGGAAACAAAAGAAGAGGUGAAUGUGCAGAAGGUGGAGUCAGAUUCUCUCCAGAUCUGUGCAGCCAAGGACACACCAGUCCCUGGAGAACCAUCACACUCGGCUAAAGUUGUUCAUGCACCACCUAAGCCAGGGAAAGGGGCUGACCUGAGCAAGCCACUGUGUCGAAAAGCAAAGGACAUUCGGAAAGAGAGGAAACUGCAGAAACUCCUCCAGAACCAGAAGUGCACCUUAGAAGGCUCUCAGCUUCCAGGAGGAGAUCAAGCUUUCCUCUUGCAAAACUCUAAACCUAAAACAAACCAACCUAAAACCAUUGAAGACUUUGUCCUUGUGUCUUUACCUGAUGAUGCACGACACAAAUUAGAGGUGAGGGUGGUGAGAUCAUCUCCACCAAGUUCACAGUUCAAAGCCACAUUUCAGGAGUCUUACCAGGUCUAUAAACGUUACCAGAUGGUUAUUCACAAGGACCCACCUGAUAAACCAACCAUAAAUCAGUUCACACGAUUCCUGUGUGAUUCUCCUCUGGAGGCAGAGCAUGCCCCAAAUGGACCAGAAUGUGGCUAUGGAUCUUUCCACCAGCAGUACUGGCUGGAUGGGAAGAUAAUUGCUGUUGGUGUCAUUGAUAUCCUGCCCUACUGUGUGUCCUCUGUCUAUCUGUACUACGACCCAGACUUUUCUUUCUUAUCCUUGGGAGUCUACUCUGCAUUACGAGAAAUUGCUUUUACUAGGCAACUUCAUGAAAAAGCUCCUGAUCUCUGUUUUUAUUAUAUGGGUUUCUACAUUCAUUCAUGCCCCAAAAUGAGGUACAAGGGUCAGUACAGACCCUCUGACCUGCUGUGUCCAGAGACCUACGUCUGGACGCCGAUCGAGCAGUGUCUGCCCCUGCUUGAGAACUCCAAGUACUCUCGGUUCAACCAGGAUGGAAAAGCAGUGGAUGAAGGUCGCCUGAAGGAGCUGGGCAGGGUGAGGGUGCUUCACAAGAGGACCGUGAUGCCUUACAGCGUGUACAAGAAGAGGAGGAAGGGGCCAAGCGACGAAGCCAACGUUCAGCAAUAUGCAAGUUUGGUUGGACAGACCUGUUCAGAAAGAAUGUUGCUGUUCAGAAGUUGAGGAAUCGUUAAAUGGCAUUUCAAUGGCGCUACUUUUGAUUGCACUGCCACUGGAUGAUGUGUACUAUAGUUGUGUGUUGGUGUGCCCACUCAAAUAGCAGUCUGAAAUACAGGUAUAUAUCCAGGCUUAUGUGAGUACAUGGUACUGUGUAUAAAGGCCAACUCCAAUAAAUCUUACAAUACAGCAAGGCUUUAGCAAUAUAAGUUUAGAAAAACAUGCUUGCAAUAUAUUUUAAUUAAGUAGUUCUAGCCUUUCUAUGCAUUAAUAAUUAUUCUAAGUAAGCAAAAUGAAAAACAGGUGUCUUUUUUUUUUUUUUUUUUUGGUAGAGACAGAAGUUGACUAAAUCUAGAUUAACAGGAAUUAAAUUACCAGUGUUCCCAAGUAGCACCUUGGAUAUCUGUCGUUAAAAUUUGCCAUGAAAUUUAUGCUCGCAUUUGUACUCUCCUGAAACCUUGCAAGAGGAUUGAAACGUGCUGUUACUUUCUAAUGUGGAAUCUGGCAUGGUUUAAUUUUAUUUCAGUAGUAUGUUUUAAAAAAAAGAAAACAAAACAGGAAGAAAUUAUUUUCACUGCUCAUUCUUCAUUUGUUCAAAGCAGUAGGUUGGUGUCUGAGGUCCUAGUGAGUGUAGGAGUUCAUGGUAGGUUCUCAGUGGAAGGGGAUGCAGUGCUUUGGAAAAACUUCCCCUUCAGAGAAGAAGCAGAUCAGUUGCACUAUAAAUAUACCAAAGAUAUGCAGCCAAGUGGCUCAAUGUUUUUUGGUAUAAGCCUUAUCCUUUGUCUAAAGAGAGUGGGUAUUUUAAUGCACAUCACUAAUGUGAAAUAGAGCUUGGGAGGUUUAUCCUGUAGCUCUCAGUGCACAUUUCAGAACUAUGCUAAACAAAAAAAGAAGACAUGAGGUACCACUGCUGGGUUUUGUUGCAGUUUUUUUUCUGCAGAAUUGUAUGGGAAGUCUUAAUUAUCCUAUUCCUGUGUUUUUACUGACUGUUCUGUUUAUGGUGCAGCAGCUCACGGGUUAACAUCUUUAAUACCAUUUUAGUAAAUACUUCUGUCAUAAACACAGGAAGUUGUGAUCCUUUAUGAAAGCACUUUAUUAUCUCAUAUAGAAUGUCUGUGUCCCUAUCAAGUCAUACAGGUUGUAGGAAUUUGGGGAAAUAACAUUGUUGUAUAAUUCAGUAAUGUAUUACAACAUGAUAAUGUUACCAAUGCAUUUGUGUUUCUUAUCUUCUGGGAUAACAGGAGCUGACAUUUACCUUAAAUCAACCUGAAGUUUCCUGUUAACCUUUGAACAAAGAUUCUUAUUGAAGGAGAUGUGGGUGGUUUUCCCCCAGAAAGGAACCAAAUUCUAUUUUACUCUCUGAGAGUUACAUCUCCUAUCAUUCAUGGCCUUGACUGAAUUUUAAACAGACAAUUUUAUUAAUCAUUAAUUUUUACAUGGAAAAGACACAAGAAUCUGGAGAAUCGAGUGCAUUGCAGAUGUAACUUUUUCCCCCUGUAUCUGUUUGAUCACUGUAAUAUUAUCAGUAUAGAGCACAGCUUUAUACUGACAGUAACUUUAAAAAGGAAUUUUAUUUUUUAUUAAUUGGAGUGUAUUGUAUUGAUCUACUGCCAGUCUGCAACAAAACUGGUCAUUCCUCUCAGCAUCAUAUCAGGUAUGUGAUUGUCUGUUGCCUGAUACUGAGAAGUUUCUGUACCAUCCAGUUUGUCCAUGUCUUAUCUAAACCUAUUACUCAUGAAGAUUAUUAUGAAGAAUUCCUUUCUGUGGAGAAAAUCCUCUUGCCACUCAAUGACUUGUCAAAUGGUGUAACAUUUUCUGCCUACACUGUGUGUUGAAAAGUGGUGAUGCCCAUAUGGCUUGCAAGAAAAAAUAAAUGAGAAAACCUUUUUAUAUGAUAAAAAAAGCAGUUCAGAGGCACUGAGAAAUUCCUGUAGGACUUGCAAAAUCUUAAAAGAUUAUCCAAACCAUUUAAUGAUGGCCUCACUGAGCUCCUGGAGAAGUUUCUGUUAGAUUUCAAGGGAGCAGACCUAAUGUCCCCCCGAGAGCUCCAUCUUUUUGUGCCCGUAUUUGUUCCUGAUAUGCCUUGUAUCACACUUUGAUCUGAUGCUCUGUUUCUCUUGGGGAGCUUUUAAGGACUGCAGUUAAAGAAAAGUGAGAUAGAUAAGUGUAAAACUGAAAAUUGAGCACGGCUUGAAGUUGUCCUUAGCGUGACCACUCCAGGUAAAUGACCAUUUUUCUGUGAAUUCUGAAAUGGUGCUUUCGCUUCGUGACUCCACUGGAACUGCAGCCCCCCGGCAAACUGAGCUUCAGACUCUCACCCAACCCUAAUAUAUAUUUAUAUUUUAAAAAAAGUCAACGUUGAGAUUAACUCCAACAUUGAGUUCACCUGUAGUUUGCUGAGAUCUGACUCACUUUAGUGUUAUUUUAGAAGGAACCUGGUGCAGUGUUUUUAAGGACUGAUACCUCUAACCCUCUUUUAGAAGGGGGAUAGAGGCUGAGGAUGAACUUCUGUAAAUUUUGCCAGUGACUUCAGUGGAGCUGAAAAUUCACCACCAUUACAGUUUAUUGAGGAUGUUGUCAUUGACAAUUAUUGAAUUUAGAGAUAUUUAAUUUAAUACAAACUAUUUUAUAGGAGGGUUUUUGGUGUAGCUGGUUGGCAAGAGUUAAUCCCCAACGUAAGGUUGCCUUGUUCUAUCUUCUGUUGAUAAAUGAGCAUUAAGUGGUGGUAAGAAAAUGCAGAGUCGUGACCAGUGUUAAAAAAUACCAUUUUUUUGUUUUAAUUGGAAAUAAAUGGGGAGCUUACUCAUUUCUAGCAUCAACAGAUUUUGGUAAAUGCAAAAGAACCCGCAUGUUGAGUUUGGAAUCGCUUUUCAGCAAGGCCUGUUUGACUUGCAACUGUAGAAAAUAAAGUUAUUUCCAGUCUCUGUGAAUUAUUACAAGAA